AAAAGUUACCAGCGAGGAUAUUCCGUUUGGCAUGGGCUGUACCAUUAUUGGAGGCUUUAAUCGCAAAACGGAAAAGUACCAAGACACCAAAAAAAAUGGGUUAGUAGGAGUAAGUGUAAGAGCAGACUGUUAGACUGCGAGCUCAGCGUGAGAAAACUUUAACAAACCCUUUUGGGCGGCCGCUAAAAUCCUAAACGUUUCUGACUUUUUUUUUUCCCUGUAUUUCUGUAUCAUUAAGUCGUUUCUAAUUCCUUGUUUUUUUUUUUUUUUUCCAAUCCUCGCAGAUGUACGUGAACUUCCAGAAAUAUGAGCUGAAGCACCCAAACAACUGUGAGCUCAACUUCAUUGACAUCUACGAGCAGACCCUGAGCGACGAUACUCGAAUGGCCCAGUUCUGUGGCACAGCGACGGAACCUCAAAAGUCAGAUGGCAACCUCGUUUACGUCCGGUACUUCGCGCAGACUGAGGCUAUAGACGGGAAAUUUGAAAUCGUGUACACCGCAUUCAGAGAAUCUGAUAAAUGUGUUCCCAGCGAAUUCAGCUGCGAUGAUGGUACUUGUAUAGACAAAUCUUUGAAAUGCAACAAAAUGUACAAUUGCAAAUACCGAUAUGAUGAAGAUCCUGCCCUUUGCACACCAGCAAUGACGGCGAGUCGCAUGCUAACUUCGGAGCAUAUGAUAACAAUCCUUGUUGUGUUCUUUGCCCUUGUGGUUGCUAUGUGCGCAUCUAUAGUUAUUACCUGUUACAAUAAAGUCAAGGAUCGAAGAGAAAAGAAGCGUGAAUACAAGAUGAGGCGCUCUAAAGAAGUGUCUAUGGAUGGAGAAAUGGAUAGGGUCCUCACUAAUAUGGAUCCUGGACUGGAAGCUGCACUAGCCGCACAAGCAGCCGAGAUCGGAGCAGCACGAAGGAAGGUACCACCUCCCAGAUGGCUGGACGAAGAAGAAUCAAACGGCUGUUAUGUGCCUGAGGUGGACCUCAGCAUUUUCCAUAAAAGCCCGAACGGUGGCCACAUAAUAAGUCGAAAUGGUGAUAAUAGCAAUAGUGCAGAUGGUGGCAUUCACAUCAUCAGCAACUCCUUUCCGGAUGGAAUCAAUCCUUUAUGUAAAGAGCAUGGCUGCCAAAGGAGGGGUAGCUUCUCGCCACCACUCCCACCUCCUCCGCCCCCUCCUCACGUAAGGCGUACACCUCACGAACACCACCACCACGACAAUCUCAUGUGCCAGAAGCACAAUACCACUUACCGCUCGUACCUAGUCGAAGAAGAGGAAGCGGAAGACGACGUAACCACGACGGCAACAGCAGCAACCGCCUUUGUCCUUGCCCACCAAAUUUCGGGCCGAAACGGUGGUCGACGAAGGGCUGGACUCAAGCCGGCCCCCUAGUUUUGAUAGUACAAGGUCAGCACCCGACGUGAUAGUGCACCGCUGAGUCCAUAUCAAAUCGAAUUGAGUCUGUAGUUGAAAGCGCGGGGGGGGGAAAGAUGGAUUUUCUCUUGCAUGUGACAACAAUUAUAUUCUGGGAUAUAGAAGAUGGUUGCGGUGGAUUGAUUAGUUUACUUAACAAUAUCCACACAAAGUAGCAUCUUUUCUUCCAACAUUCUCCUUACUCAUAUUAUAGCACAUUUGCUUUGGAUGAUUGGAUAAGCAACAAAGCAGUUCGCUGAGGCAUGGGGUGGGCACCCAACCGACCUCUGAAACCACGGCCUCUCUGAUAAACAAUGCCAUGAUUAGUUCAGCUGAAUUUUAUGACAAAAAUAAAUAAAUGCCUAUCUCAGAUUUAUGUCGUGUUCAACUUUGCCCUCACUACAAUUCAAUAUUAAAAGAAUUCUUUUAUGAUAAUAAAGUUUUGAGAGAAAAGUAAUUUCGGUUUUUAAUGAAAAAAAAAAAAACUUUUUUUUCUAUACAAAAAAAUGAAUUUUAAUCAUUCAAAUAUCUUCCAUUCUGUUUGGUGACCUUUUGCCAUCUUUCAUGAUUCCAUUCUUAUAGAGCUUCGGGUCUUUAUCAGCAAAAAGCUUAAUCAAGUUUGAUUUGAGGCCAUUGUUAUGUUUGGACAAUUUUUUUUAAAUAUUAUUAGGGAUGAUCCAUUCUUCAUCACCAGUGAUAAUAAAAGGGUCGAAAAAAAUCAUUUAAAAAAACAUGUUUGAAAUGCCAAUCGCAAAUAUUGAUUCUUUGAGUUAAGUGAAUUUCUUUCAAAUCAUGCAGAAACCACAUAUCGAGCUUCUUAAUGAGUCCAAAACAUCUUAUUUGAUUUUCCAAUUAUUAUAUGUGAUAUAGUUAACCUUUCUGCAAUCUCUCGCACAGUUAUAUAAUUAGAUUCUUAUGUCUUUUAUUUUGUCAUUAUCAACUUCAGGCUGGCCAGAACGCUGGUUGUCUUCAAGUGAAAAAUCUCCAGAACGAAAAUUUUUUAAUCGAACCGACACAUGCAUUCCAUUUAGCAAUCAACACAUAUCUUUUUGUGACACUCAAAUGCUUACUUGCCAUUAUGAAAAUUAAAAAGUAAAAUAUGUAAAAAACGUUUAUUUUUGCAUAAAACUGGCAAUAAACUAACAGUUGUAAACAAGCUGCCAAAUCUCAAAAGAAAAAAAAUUGUAAGAUUGACAGAAGAAUAACAAACCGAACAUAACGCUAUCUAUUUGUGCAAACCGAAAUUACUUUGUUGCCAACCCAAUAAUACUGUUACUAUGAAGCUCUUUUUCAUUUACACUUAAAGUAGAGACUGCAAGUGGGGAUAUGUGCGCAUCCUGGCAAAUUCAUUAAAUUGAUUUACGAAAGGCUACAUCUAAAAUGUGAAGAAAAUUAAAAAGCUGUCAAAUAAGAGUACCAACAGAGAUUUCAUCAGAAUAACUGAAGAUCAUUUUUUCAAUAAUUUUUUGUUGAUAAAUUGAAAAUUAUUGAAAUGAUUUUGUUGAUAAAAGAAAUUCUGUACAACUCAUAAUAUUACAUGCUGUUGUAAAUUAAAGAUAAUAAAAUGAACUAUAAUUUUAUUUAAAUGGUCAAUGAUCUGAGUUAUAUAUAUAUUCUGACAGUAGAAAAUUUUGUUCUAAAUUAUGCUAAAUAUAUUUUUAUUUACUUUCCAAGCCUUUUUUUAAAAUUUACAUGUCCAGUUUGCUGCUAUAAUAGGCUGCAUAUAUCCCUACUUAUUAAAACAUUUCAAUUAUAUAAUUUGAACUUUUACUCACUUUCAUAUCAAAAACAAUCAAGCAAUUAAAUAGCUAUGUAGAUAAAGCCUAUAAUUAUAUUUAGGCCACAGAAUAACCACAUGCGAUAGUUAAGAUGCAACCUGCAUUUAUAGUAAACUUCUUAAAGAAAACAAUUAGUUUGCAGCUUAAGAUAUAGUUUACAUAGUGCUUUUUAAAUUAGAAAUGUUCAGGAUUUAGUCUCAGAUAUUAAGGAAAUAGUUAAGACGAUGCAAAACAGAGAUGUGCCGUGGCAGAAGAAUGUUUCAAACAACGACUGACUGUACUUACGCUAUCAGCAACUUGCCCACCCCAGCUGAAUAGCAAUAAACUGCUUUUACAUUGCCAAGAAUUGAAAAUGGUGCUACUGUAUUUAAACAACAAAACAAUGGACUCCUUAGUAGACUAAGACAUCAUCUAGCUAUCAGAUGCUUUUUGAAAUUCCCCCCCUUUUUUUUUAAAGCUGAGAAAAUAUAAGGAAGAAGUGAAUAUUACCUGCUCAAUAUAACAUAUAGUUAAUGGUGGAUACACCAUCAUUUCUCUGUUUUGUUUCUUUUUUUUUUUUCUCCUCCUCCAAGAACAAGCAGUCAGACAGUGUCUUCCACACACAGAACAAACAGCAAAAAGACUUCUAAGAAGCUGCAUAAAUUUCUCCAGAGAUUUUUUUCAAGAUUUUCUUUUCUUUACAAACUUUUUUCGCCUUGGACACUGUUUACAAUCUUCACUCGUUGAAGAAGGUAAAAGGAAUGAAGAGUAGAAUUUUUAGCCUGCGAUCUUUAGAAGAAAGUACAUUUAAAUAAUGUUAAACUUGAAAAUAUUGAAGGUUAUCACAUUUAUAGGACAUUUUACAGGAGAUGUAUUCAUCCUGUCAGUCAAAGUCUCAUCCUUUUUGGACUGCCAGAAUUCUAUGUACAAAACAAGAUUCAUAGUGAAUUAGAUCAUACUUUUUAUAUGAUAUCUGUUAGCUCAUUUAUCGAUAAAAUUCUUCCUUGUGUCUGUUUCAUUUUUACAUCUUCGUGCCAGAAAAAGAAAACAAAAAUCAACAGAUAUGUAAAUAUUACAACUUACAAAUCCUAAAAAAUGGGUUAAAUAUCAAACAAAUUUCAAACACUAAUUUCUACUAUAACAUACAAAAUAAUCUCCUGAUUAACAUGAUUUAAAUUUAUAAUGGCUAAAUUUAUAAUCAUUCUUUAGAGUUAGUGAAUAAAAAGUCUGUCUUGCUCUGACAUGUGCCAGUUAAAAAUUCAUAAUAUUAAAAGUUCAUGUACUGCUAUACUUUUGGAAGUUACUAAUGAAAAUACAUGCAAUACUUGCAUUACAAGUAACCUUUUUGUUUCUUUGAUUUUUUAGACCUUGUCAUUAUGCUUCAGAGCCACUUUAUCAUCAUUAACCUACCACCUUAGAUGCAAAAUGUUGUUGUAUGUAGCAAAAUGUUUUGAUAUAAGUUGUACGGCUCAUUACCAUUGUCGAAAUUAUUCACGAUAUCUCGCUCAAAAUAUCCUCACUAGAUGAGAUAAUGAGUGCUAAUACGUAUAUAUUCCAUUCUUCGAGUCAGAUUCUGUAUGACAUUUUCUUCUAAGUAUCUGUCAAGGUUGCAAUCCGGAUCUUCAUAACCACACCAUCAAUGCAGUGGUCGAUCGUGAUAUAUUGGCACAUGAAUGGGACAAAAGAAAUUAUCGCACACUAUUGUAUUGGCGAAGAUAGAUACGCUGAGCAUUUGUUAAAUAAUGUUAAAAAAAAAAAACUCGAUGAAUUCGGCUCUAUUUUAAUAUAAUAAAAUUUGGUUAAUUGGU